ACUAUCUCAUAUCCGCUAUGUGUCUUCCUCGAGAGUCGCGAAGAAAGACUAUCUCCCGAUCAUUGUUUCUAUCGCAUCGUCGAAGAGACUAUUCAAAAUGUCAUACAUUGCCCGACCGUCUUGCACUAUAUGGUGAGGAGCACACUCGAAAAUUUGAACGAAGUUGUGGAGGAGCAAAGGGUUCAGGAGAUCACCCAAUAUCUACAAACUACCUGCCCCACAGUUUCUGGCAGUGACUCCCCUGCAAUGAAUUCAACAUUCGUCGACGUGCGUGCAUACUCGGCCUGUCAAGGUGGCAAAGAUCCAAAGAGCAGGAAGCUUGCCCGAAAACACAUAUAGGCUCCUCACUGUCUUCAUGAAGCUUUGCUUGAUACGUGGGCUCAUCGCUGUGGUCAAACUUGCAUUCACUUCACAGGACGUUGAUGUGAAGUAUCAGGCCCAUGGUUCUCCAUGCUCGCUAGCCAAUUUCCUCUUGCAAUGGAAUGGUUGGCUUGAGUUUGACGCUGGUGAACCUGUCCAUCGCGAGAGAUUGCCAUACCGCAAAUUGCGCUCUAUAGUAUUUUCAGACAUUUCUGAGUUGUCUCCAAGUCAUGGUCACAUCCGGAUAACAGAUAAUUUUUUCAAUAUUGAACUAAUGGCUGCUGGAAAUUGGACGACCAUUCCACCAGUGUGGCUUACGCCCUACAAUGAGUCCCAGCCACAUUGCCUACGCAUGUGGGAUUCCCCGCCAACAGAAGGUCGCCCUGCAACAAUAGAGACGACACCAUGGAAAUCAGAUACUUGCAGAUCAGAUCGUGGAUGGAUUUACAGGGCGAAACAAGUGGAAGACUAGGGUUUGGAGCUCUCCGAGUUAUCUGGCGCAAGGUCUUAAUGUAGGAAUGUUAGGAAACUCAAUUCUGACAUUUGGACUGCCAUCUAUAUAUCUACAAUAUACAAGCGGUCCGUUCACCUUCGGACGUU